GUGCAAACAGCGGGUUAUUAUCGUAACUGCUGUAAAUGGUAUGAUAUGUCCUGUCUGCAAAAUCCAUCCAUCUAGAGGUUCGUGCUAUAAAAUGUAAAUUACAUCUUUGUUCAGUUUGUUGUUGAGUUUGUUCAGGUCAGUUCAGUUUCCCUGUGGCACAGGAACAGAACAGGAGGGAGAGACAGAAAAAGAUCAUCGUCUAUCCAAUAAGAUAGACGAUGAUCUUUCUUGGAUUCAAGUGCACAUUUGAAGUCUGUGAGAAUAGUUUGCAGCCUUGUCUUGCGAGUCAUUUCUGCACAGACGCCACGAAAUGCACAGACGCGCGCACGGACAACACAAAGCGCACGGUCAAUUUCGGGGAGGCUCUUGCUGAGAAAGAGCAGCAGUGCUCAUCGUGCAAACAGCACAUUAUUAUCGUAACUGCUGCAAAGAUAUAUAUAUAUAAGAUAUGUCCUGUCUGCAAAAUCUAACCAUCUUGUGGUUCAUGCUAUGUAUGAUAAUGUAAAUUACAUCUUUGCUUAGUUUGUUGUUGAGUUUGUUCAGGUCAGUUCAGUUUGGUUUUUUUGCAAUAAAGUGUUAUUGUUCCAAAAAUAAUAAUGCAUCCAAAUCAAUGUUGUUAUGAAUUAUUUACCUAUUCAAGGCUCUAAUAACCUCAUGCCAAAUAUUUCCAGUUGCAACUAAUUUUUUGAAAAUAUUGGAUAUUAUGGGUUCCCGCCCCAAAAAAAUAAACAGGGGUCUUUAUGACAAUAAAGCCAUAAAAACCUAAAAAAUAUUUAAAAAAUAAUGAAAAACUUUAUAUCUGUGGUUAGGUCUGAAGUUGUUUAAAAGAUCUGAUGUGAAAAAAAUCAGAAAAAAAAUUCAUAUAUGAUAUUGCUAUAUCACCUUUUGUCAGGGGACCAUUUUGGGUACGAAGGGACAAUGGGUAUAAAUUUUGAGGGAUGCUCAAGGGUUAAGAUGGCAAGGUGAUCCAACCUGCAGCAGAUGUAUCUAUCCCAGACAGCUUGGUGUUGCAGGACGGACAUUAUUAUUUCUAUUAAAACUAAAUGUACACAUUGAAACAAAAAUAAUUGUGCGCAGGAGUGAAACAUUUUAAUAUUGUCAUAAUUUCAAACAGCAAUGCCUCAACAUCAGAUUAUCAAUUUUGUUUAAUGUGAAUCACUUGGUUUCUUUCUCUCCAUCAGGUGGGAGGUAGCACAGAGGCUUUCUUAAGGCUGGCCCCACUCAGCCAUUCGUCCUGUGGGUUGGAGAAAGAAAGAACAUCAUCCAAAGUUUCUACCAAGUUUUACUGUCCUAGAUCAAAAGGUCAUUCCCUGUGUGACACAGAUGGGAGAUGCAGGUUUUGACAAGGCAAAACUUUUCAAGGCACAUUUUUUAAUUUGCCGUGUCCUUUGAUAAGGCAUUGGACAACUUCUACACAUUCAUCCAGACCACCGUGUAUGGCAUUGAUGUUGGCAGCGUGAAGGACAGUCCUCGGGUCAAUGAAACAAGAGGAAGUCUUCACUGUACGGUUUAAAGAUAUCCACUAUUCAGCACUUUGACUGGAAAUGUUCAUCUGUUACAUUUGCAAGAUACACCACACAAGUUGCUCAGUGUUAUUUAGACAUUUGAAGUUCCAGCAUGGUUUGUACCCAGGAAAGUUUUUACGUUUGACCUGUGGAGAGCCUGGAUGUUCAUUUAUCUUUCACACGUACUCUGGUUACAAGCGGCACUUAUUCCGAGCACAUGGAGACUGCGUUCACUCUGAGGUCAUCAACAAUUUUGAGCCUGUACCUAACGAUGGAACCUCUGUUUCACAGCCUGUAAAUGUGGCUCAUCCCAUGACAAUAACUACACCGGUUCCAGUUGAAAAAAGGCAAAUACUGAACAUGUGCAGCUCUGUUAUUGCUCAAGUACAAUCAUCAGGAGUUCCUGAAAGUACUGUGCAGUGUUUAGUUGGUUCAUUGGAGGAACUGGUUAAUGACAUCCAUGCACAUGCAAAACAAUCUGUUGUCGACUGUUUGUCAACUGAUACAUCAAGAGAAACCUUAGAAAAAGUUGAGGAUUGCUUUGAUCAGCUUGAAAAUCCAUUUUCAUGUCUUAACACAGAAUCUAAAAGGAUAAGACAUUUUGAGCAAAAAUGGAAAAUAGUUGAACCCAUAGAGCAUGUUCUUGGUGUGCGUUUUGAUGUACGCAAAGAUAGAACAACAGGGACAUACAGGCAAGUUCCUGUCAAUGAUAAAUUCAUGUACAUUCCUAUCAUGGGAUCCCUUUCAUCUAUGUUUCGAAACGGUGAACUUUGUAGCAGUUUCCAAAAAACAAAACUAAACAUGGAGGGAUUGUACAGAGAUUUAAAUGACGGCUCCUACUUCAAAAAUCACAGUUUAUUCUCACAACAAGAACAUGCUCUCCAAAUCCAGCUCUACUAUGACGAUUUUGAAACUGCUAAUCCUUUAGGCUCAAAAAAGGCAGUGCACAAACUUGGUUGUAUUUAUUUUGUUUUGAGAAAUUUGCCACCAGAGUUAAAUUCUGUGUUGAUGAACAUUCAUCUUGUAGCCCUUUUACAUUCAGAAGACUUAAAAAAAUAUUUCAAUGAUCACUUAAAUGCAUUUGUUAUUGAGGAUGGAUUAGAUGUCUUUGCACUGAUCUCUGUAGAUGAUCUGGUGUACUAUAGACCUUAUGAUAGGCAAUUUUCAAAUGGCACUGAUGACAAAAUGUACAUUGUCCCAUACUGUAAUUUUGUAUGACUUGUUUACUUGUGGUGUAUCUGAAUACAAAGUAUUUUGGAAUGUUAAUGUCUUGUAUUUCUUUGUAAUGGGUAGAUGUUAGGGGUUAAUUGUAGCAGUAGAGAUAUCAGAGAUUAAUGGGAGUUUAUUGUAAUCUGGUGGUAUUGAUGAUUUGACUGACACUAGUGUUAGUGUUAGAAAAUUAACACUAUUCAGACUUGAAUUUUUAAACACCAGUGCUAGUGUAAAGUACUACCAACACUAUUCGGUGUUAAUUUUUAACACUUAACACCAGUGUAGUUAAGUGUGGUGGUGAAAGAAGCUGGCAGAAUUAUUGGAAUAAGUCUGCCAGAGAUUAGUAAUAUCUUCCCCACUCGCUGUCUGAGACGGGUGCACAGUAUUCUGCGGGACCAACAUCACCCUGCGCGCCACCUUUUCCACCUGCUGCCCUCAGGGAGAAGGUACAGGUCUAUACAGGCCAGAACAUCCAGACUGGCCAACAGCCUGUAUCCACAGGCUGUGAG